GGAGGGUGGGGGGCCCCGCGGCGCUGCCAGACCGACCCUUGCCCAUCGCUCUUAAGGAACUCUCAUGGCUUCACGGCUGCAGACAAGUUGCCGUGCAUCGUGGUGGACUAUCGGAGUUUGCAUCCUGGCAGCCGCGCUCCUACCAGGGCUGCAAGCUCAGACUGUCUUGGUCAAUGACUCGGUGUCGGGGUUCAUUGGCACGGACGUGGUGCUGCACUGCAGCUUCACCAACCCGCUGCCCAAUGUGAAGAUCACGCAGGUGACGUGGCAGAAGGCCACCAACGGCACCAAGCAGAAUGUGGCCAUCUACAACCCCGCCAUGGGCGUGUCCAUCCUGUCCCCCUACAAGGAGAGGGUGAUUUUCCGGAACCCUUCCUUCAAGGAUGGCACCAUCCAGCUGUCCCGGCUGGAGCUGGAGGAUGAGGGGGUUUACAUCUGUGAGUUUGCCACUUUCCCAACUGGCAACCGGGAAGGGCAGCUGAACCUCACCGUGCUGGCCAAGCCCACGAAUUGGAUGGAGGGCACCAAGAGGCCACUAAUCGCCAAGUCGGGCAGGACAGAAAAGAUCUUGGUAGCCACCUGCACCUCCUCCAACGGGAAACCCCCCAGCACGGUCACCUGGGACACGAAGCUGAAGGGGGAAGCAGAAUUCCAGGAGAUCCGGAACAGCAACGGCACGGUGACGGUGAUCAGCCGGUACCGGCUGGUGCCGAGCCGCGAGGCGCACCGCCAGCAGCUCGUGUGCGUGGUCAACUACCAGCUGGAGAGGUUCACUGACAGCAUCACCCUCAACGUGCAGUAUGAGCCAGAAGUCACCAUCGAGGGCUUUGAUGGUAACUGGUACCUGAACCGCAAGGAUGUGAAGCUGAUCUGCAAAUCUGAUGCCAACCCCCCAGCUCACACCUACGAGUGGAAGCUGCCAAACGGGACCCUGCCAGGGAGUGUGGAAAUCCAGAACAACACCAUCUACUUCAAAGGGCCCGUGUCCUACAGCGUGGCUGGCACCUACGUCUGCGAGGCCACCAACGCCAUCGGGACACGCUCGGGCCUGGUGGAAGUCAAUGUCACAGAAUUUCCCUACACCCCGUCUCCAAUCGAUGAUCACAAAUCCAUGGUGCAGCCGAACAUCCCCACACCGGUGAUUGGGGGCAUAGUGGGAGGCGUCUCGCUGGUCCUGCUGGUGGCCGUGGUGCUCUUUGUGGUACUCCGGCGCCGGCGUCACACCUUCAAGGGUGACUACAGCACAAAGAAGCACGUGUACGGCAACGGCUACAGCAAGGCUGGCAUCCCACAGCACCACCCCCCCAUGGCCCAGAACCUGCAGUACCCCGACGACUCGGACGACGAGAAGAAGCCGGGCCCCUUGGGCGGCAGCACCUACGAGGAUGAGGAUGAGGAUGCGGGAGGAGAGCGCAAGCUGGGCGGCCCCAAAGCCUACGAGGAGGAUGCCAAGAGGCCUUACUUCACCGUGGACGAGGGCGAGGCCCACCCCGAACCUUACGACGAGAGGACACUCGGCUUCCAGUACGACCCCGAGCAGCUCGACCUGGCCGAGAACAUGGUGUCGCAGAACGACGGGUCUUUUAUUUCCAAAAAGGAGUGGUACGUGUAGCUCCACGCCCCUCUGCUACACUCACACACACACACACACAAACACACA